UGAGAGCAGCCUCAAAAAUGAAGGGCUACGUAUCUCUCGCCCUUCUGCUUAGCUUUGCUUUCUGUGCCAGGAAAGUAAAUACCCAGGACGUCACAACUUCGCCAGAAAAUACCACUACCCCGGCACCCAUCACUACCCCGGCACCCACAACUACGCUAGAAAGUACCACUACCUCGGCACCCAUCACUACCCCGGCACCCACAACUACGCUAGAAAGUACCACUACCCCGGCACCCAUCACUACCCUGGCACCCACAACUACGCUAGUAAAUGCCACUACCCAGGUACCUACUAAUACGACAGACAGUACCAAUGCCUCGGCACCCACCACUACCCCGGCACCCACAACUACGCUAGAAAGUACCACUACCCCGGCACCCAUCACUACCCCAGCACCCACAACUAAGCUAGGAACUAACAAUUCCACAACUCCUCUGACGACAACAAAAUUACCCAUUACGACAGCACCCCCAGCUUCAACAGAAGCACCUCUGCCCUGUGCAAAUAAACCAUGCAAUGGCAGUGCUAAGUGUAUUAACCUACAUCAAGAUUAUACAUGCCAGUGCCCAUACGGAUACUACUACACAGCAUCAGGAUGUCAGGAAGGAAAAGUAUUCCCAGGACAGUUUACAAUGAAUAUAACGUAUUCUGACAGUAUGGCAAAUGAAGGCUCUUCAGAGUAUAAGCAAUUAUACAGCAUCAUCACAGAUUUUUUCAAAACAGCUUUCAAAAAUGAGACAGACUAUGAAGAGACGAUAAUUGUGAAUAUAAAACAAAGUUCAGCAAAAUCUAAAAUACAGAAUAAAGCGGGGACCAGUGGAACUAGUGUGACAGUAAGGAACAUGUUUAAAGUGACCACAAAAUUAAACUCUAGCGAAGUUUCUAAACUCAUAGACGACGCAAUGAAAAGCAAUUCCAAUUUCAGUAGCUAUCAAAAACUUUCACAAUGUGCCAUUUAUGGCUGUGAUGAGGCAACUACUACUUGCCAGGACACCAAUGGAGUAACGUGUGAAUGUAGAUCAGGAUUUUCUAAGAAGAACCCAGAAGACAAAAGCUGUUCAGGUUGUGAUAACACAUGUUCUGAAGAAAAGCACAUGCAUUGUGUUAUAGCUAGAAACAGUGUCCCAGUUUGCCAAUGUCUUCCUAAUUUCAAAAGCAAAGAUGGAAACUGCUUGGAGUGUGAUGUGGGCUACUCUGGAGUAAACUGUAGCAACAAUUCCUUGUUGAUCCUUAUCAUUGUGGCUGCCCUGGGUGGGGCUCUUAUCCUGGGCUUAAUUGUAGGACUCAUUUUCACUUCACGGAGAGCAAAUAAAAGGCAAAGAAAUCCCGAGAAGAGGCAUUUGCUGAGAGAGGACUAUUCAAAUAAAAGAGAAACACCUGGACAUGUCUCUGCCAUCAACCCUGCUGCAAAUGAUAAAAUCUUUCCCAUAAUCCAGACUAGCAAUGCUGCUCAAGUGAACCGAGGGUUUGAGAUGAGCAACCCUUAUGAGAUGGGACCACCAACAAGGAGACUUCCUGAGAGGGAUUAUGAUGAUGAUGAAUAUGAAAUAUCAUCAAAGGGGGAUGGCUUCAGGCUGCAGCGGAGAUACUGAAUUUAAGCAGAACAAGAGACCGGCAGCUUGAAGAGAGUUGAGAGCCAUGACAACGGACCACGGUAGAUGGGUUCUGCAGCUUCAUCACCUAGCAGAGGAUUUUGGUUGGGUGGCAAUUAGAAUGCUUAAAAUGACUACAAAUUCUGCAGACGACUUUUUAAAUGAAGACAACAAUCUGAAGGAGACCUCUGUGUAACUAAUCUGCUUAAAUAAGUGAAAAUUAAAAUGGGGACGAGAUGUAUUUAAGGACCCUAUGGGCUUGUCCAUCACAGAUUGUGUCUACACAAGAUUUUUUCAGGAAGCCUCCCACCCACGCAGCUCUAGCAGUGGCAGCAGUGGUGGGAGAGCUAGUGUGUACAGGGAAGCACAUUUUAACACCGUGUUGUCUAACCCUGUUCAAAGAAGGUCCAGAUGACAUGGUGAUCACAACCAUCUGAGCUGGACUGCACCAGCACACUUGCCAUUGCUACCACGGGCAAAGAUGUGUUAAUAUCACGGAAAACUGCUACACACAAAAAGUAGUGUAAGUCCAGGCUAUAAAGAAGAGUCUCCCAGAUUUCAUACUGCUUUGGGUUCCAAAUAGGUAGCGCUGUCUUGGAACAUUCAAACAGACGAGCUCCAUUCUCAACUGGAGCCCCCAAGUGUUACUAUAAAACAAAUAAAAGAUCUGGUUUCAGAUUCCAACUCUUGCUUGCCACAGCCCCUUCAGUUCCGGGAGACCCAGAUCGAGGCCAGAGUCUGGUGUCCAGAGCAAGGGCCUUGGUUUGAACCCAUUUACACUUCCAUCCUCAUACAAUGUCAGGGCCGAUACGUCCCAACAGGGCCUUUUACCAAAGCUAUAGCUUCCCACCACGUGCAGUUUGUGAUCACUUUCAGCUUCUCUGGACCUCAGGUUGGCAUAAAGCAUAUUUCUACUAAGCUUCCUGAAAAGAAUUGUUACUUGGCUUUUUUCUCCGUAUUAUUUUUAGUUUAUCAUACAAUUUCACUGUCUUUUUACAUUCAGUAAAUCUUUUUUAAAAUGAUACCUAAUUCAUAUUUUACUGUGUAAUUUAUCAUAUAAUUAACGACUAGUGAUUAGCGCUAGCAUU